UGCAGCUUUAGCGUUGCCGUUUCUUGGGUUGGACGAAAAGAGGCCCUUCUCUUUUUAUCAUUCUAAUCUUUUUCCACACUCAUUCUCUUUGACCACACUCUUCCUCACCCUCCUCUUCCUUCUCUUCAGUCAUUAGAAUAAUGUCAACGGCAUUACCACCGUUACCGGACUCGUACUAUGAGAACUUUCUAGAAAGCUUAGCACAAAUUGUGUCCAAGCUAUUAACGGACAGGGAAACGGAGACGGUCCUUGCCUCCAUUCGGUCGUUCCAGGACAAACUGAAACGAUUAAGCAGUCAAAACCUUACACGUCUCAAGCUGGAGGCAACGGAAGCGGCAACGAAACAACAACGACGUGGUGGAGAAGCUGGGGAAGCUGCAGGUCGCUAUUGUCAACAUGACGGUAAAACUUGCACACAAAACUGCACUCGUGGAUUCAUCAAAGCGUUUGCUGUUGGUUUUGGCGUCAAAUACUUGAUUGGUAUUUUGCCCGCACUGUUAAUGGGCAAGGUGUUCAAGAGACCAGGCAUAUUGAAGCAGAUGGCUGGCAAAGAUACUGCCAUGUUUGCACUCUUUUUGAGCACAUUUCUCAGCAGCUACAAGGGCAUUUUAUGCUUGUUACGACGAUACUCACAAUCGGAUCGCUUGAAUUCGUUUGUCGCGGGAAGUAUAGCUGGAGCGUCGCUGUUGAUUGACCGCGACAAGCGACGACGCCAGUCGAUCAUGUUGUACCUGCUUACGCGGGCCAUCCAAUUUACGGGCGCAUGGUUGAUGAAGCAAUGGGCGAUCCAGCGCAAGGCACGGCACAACAAGGAGCUUCAGGAACUUAAAAAAAGAGUAGACAGGGAAGGAUUUGCGGCAGGCCAGCCACGGCAGCUGAUGGUCAAGAAGAAAUGGGACGAUCACCUAGCCAAAUUCAUGCAGCGAUGGGCGGGUGUGGGUGUGAUGAUCUUGGCCAAUGCACAAAUCAUUUUCGCCUUUUUGUUCCAUCCAGAGACGCUGCCCAAAGCAUACGAUUCGUUUUUACUCACGCAUUCAGGCUGGAAGCACGAUUUCGGUGGUAUGGCUGCUCCUCUUCGACAAGUGAUUGGUGACACGGUGAACCGUAUGGCUGAGGAAAAGGGUUCGAUCCGGAUGCCUUUGGACACAACGAGCCGUGAGUUCAUUGCCGAGACCGUGAGUCCCAACAUUGCCACCAUUAUCCCGCCCAAGAUUCGCCACCGGUUCGUCAUGUGUGCCCUGCAGCAUCCGCUCGAUCCGAGCUGCACACGUAGCAAGGCUACGCUAUUCCGGGAUGAGUACCUCAGAGCACUCAAGUUGUACGUUCCUUUGAAUGUGAUCAUGACAGCCGUGUUCCGAUCUGGACAGCUGACAACACAGCCAACGGAUGUGCUGCGCAAAUUCACUUAUUCAUGUCUGCGAUCCGCAUUCUUCCUGGGCAUGUACGUGUCUAUGGGUUUCGCCACCCCAUGUGCAGUUCGGCCCUUUGUGAACAAGGAGAGACCAUGGUUGUACCUGCUGCCUGGUGCUGUAGGUGGUGCGAUGGCAUUUUUGGAAGCACGCGGUCGUCAACUCGAACUCGGCCUCUACUGCCUGCCGCGUGCUAUGGAAUCAUGGUGGAUGCUGGCUGUGAAGCGUGGCUAUGCUCGAAAUAUUGCUAAUGGCGAUGUAGCUCUGUUUAUGCUUGCUAUGGGCACCCUCAUGACCAUGUACCAGAAUGACAAAGACACCAUCAGCUCACACUAUCUGAGCGUCAUGACUCGAUUCUUUGGUCACAACUAAAGUAGAAUGUCUUUCUAUUACCCUCGUUUCUUCAUGCUUUUUACAUAUAAUUCUUAACUUCAAAACAACGCACUCGCACGCCAGAUUUAUCACUUACUACCAACCCACGCACACGACACACCCCUAUUUUACUGAUUGUACACUAACUACUACCGCAACACUAUUACAUUUGACUAUACUUGAUGAUUCCCUCCUUUUUUUUUCUUACUUUGCGUAUCUUUCUUCUUUUUUAUUGUAAUAUGAGGAAACUAUAUAUAUACUAUACAUAUGA